AUCUCCAUACCUGCCAGGAAACGGGAGGCUUCACACUGAAGUAACUGAUAAACAAGUGUGAAGCAUGAGGAUCAACUCUGCCCUUCAGGCUGCUAUUGACCUCACAGCAGGAGCUGCAGGUGGGACAGCAUGUGUGGUGACUGGCCAGCCCUUUGACACAGCAAAGGUGAAGAUGCAGACCUUCCCCAACAUGUACAAAGGAAUUGUUGACUGUUUUGUGAAAACCUACAAGCAAGUGGGGUUUCGAGGCUUCUACAAGGGAACCACACCAGCGCUUGUAGCCAACAUCGCGGAGAACUCCGUUCUGUUCAUGUGCUAUGGAUUUUGCCAACAAAUUGUGAGAAGAAUUGUUGGAGUAGACAGGAAGACAAAGCUCAGUGAUCUGCAGAACGCCGCUGCAGGCUCCUUCGCCUCUGCCUUUGCCACCCUCGUCCUCUGUCCCACAGAGCUGGUGAAGUGCCGGCUGCAGGCCAUGCAUGAAAUGCAGUUGUCAGGAAAGAUAGUCCAGGGACAUAAUACAGUUUGGUCAGUAGUGAAGGGUGUUAUUCAAAAGGAUGGUCCCCUUGGAUUUUACCGUGGCCUGUCAAGCACCUUGCUGCGGGAAGUCCCAGGCUAUUUCUUCUUCUUUGGAGGGUAUGAACUGAGCCGGACGUUCUUUGCCUCUGGGAGAUCAAAAGAUGAAUUAGGUCCCAUUCCUUUGCUUCUAAGUGGAGGCUUUGGAGGCUGCUGUCUGUGGAUUGCUGUGUAUCCUGUGGACUGUGUCAAAUCGAGAAUUCAGGUUCUUUCAAUGGCUGGAAAACAGACAGGCUUUAUGGGAACAUUUGUAACUGUUGUGAGAACUGAAGGUGUACUUGCCUUGUAUUCUGGACUAAAGCCAACUAUGAUCCGUGCAUUCCUGGCCAAUGGAGCACUGUUCCUUGCCUAUGAGUACAGCCGGAAACUUAUGAUGAAACAAAUAGAUUCUUUCUGAUACCUUCUAGCAGCAGGAGAACAAAAGGUUGUUUGAGGAUCAUUUAAAUAAAUGAUCGAAAACCUCUAGAUCACAUCAUGGUCUGAGCAGGGCUAAAUCAGUGACCUAAUUUUAGGAACUCAACUCCAGUUUAGGAUUUGUAAUCUUUUCAAUUCAGGUGAUUUUACAGAGAUGUGUACAUGCUGCUUGAAUUGGACCAGCAGGACUAUCUCACAGAUUCUGCACUAGGUACAUUGCACAUCAUAGUUGUAUUUUCCUGACCUGUAAUGGUGCUAAAAAGA